UUAUAACUCCUGUGCAGUUGAGAUUCUUUGCUGCACUGCAACGGUAUCAGAGGAUAGUUUGAGAUUCAGGCACAAAGUUGAGAAGUUUGUUUAGUGAGUUUCACAUUUUCUCUGUACAUUAUUUCUAAUAACCCAGACAUGGUAUCACAGAAAAGCUCAAUUUUGCCGCCAAAUCUGUGCUUGGCACUCGCCAUGGUUGUGAUCUUGGGCAAUGUAUCUUCGGUAUUUGCUCAAGUUACAUUCAGCCGUGACUGGAAUGCUGGUAAGCGUGCUUUCGAACCUGUUCCCAGCGACUGUGGCUCAGUAAUGCGGACAAUAGUGUCACUUUGUGGAGCAAUUACGAAAAAUGCUCAUCAAUUGUCCCUCUGUGAGAUGAAGUCCAUCCUUCACAGUCUCCACGAUGACGACACUUCGGGGAAUAUCAUGUUGCACAAGUAAAAGAAAAUCACUCCCUGAGGUGAUAGUUUAGCAGAGACACACAUGCAUCACAAAAACCGCGCCAAAAAUUGAAUGCAAAAAUUUUUUGAAGAAAAAGAAAAUGAUAAUUGAUUGCAAACGACCAUGGACUAUGAGAAAUCCCUUAGGUGUUGUCCUCAGUCUGUAAAAUUUAAUAAAAUAACUUGAGUAGAUUUGA